ACGAGAUCCCGUCGUGUGAUCUUCUCUCUCUCUUUUAUUCCCUUUUUUUUCUCUCUCCCUCUCUCUCUCUCUCUCUCUCUCUCUCUUCCUCUUCGUUUCUCCUUUUAUUUAUCUUUAUCUUUCUCGUAUUCGUUCUCGAUUUUUACGUGAGUAAAGAUUAUUACGUUCGAGAUAUCGCGCAGCGAGAAGUUUCGUGAUUCUACAAACGAUUAUUUUCGUUAACCAUCGACGAACAAUAUUAUUUUUUAGGGUGUCAAUACGUAGCCACGUAUAAAUGAACAAUAAUAUAUUGUUAUAUUAUUUCGUAAAGAAAUACACGAGCGUUACCAAAAUGGCCGCGCACUGAACUACGAGGGACUUAUACGAAGGCGGCAGUAUCCAAGCGGCAGCUCGAUUCUCAACGUGUGUGACGACAUGAGUUGUCGUCGAGACGUUCGACGUUUACUUUAGAAAGGGAAAGGAGGGGAAAAGAGGGGAAAGGACGUCUGUCUUUUUCUUUUUUUCUCUUUCUUUCUUUCUUUCUUUCUUUCUUCCUUUUUUUUUUUUCUUUUUUUGAUUUCUUCUUCCUCCUUUUUUCUUCGAAGUAUCGCAGCUUCUCUUUCUUUUAUAUAUAUAUAUAUAUACACAUAUAUAUAUAUGUAUAUAUAUAUUACUCCGACUGGCUAUAAAUCUAGGUGGACCUAUACAAGGUCUAUCUGAUCGAAAGAAGCGGAGCUCGAGGCUCGAGCAAAAGUGACGCCCAUGCCGGACUGCAGGAAAAAAUUGCAGGAAAAGAAGAAGAAGAGAAGCAGAAGGAGGUGAAUGGGAGGGGGUGGGGGGGAAAAAGAAAAGAAGAGAAGAUUAAAAAAAAAAAGAAGAAACGACGAGAUAGAUCAUCGUCGUCAUCGGUUGCGAUCAUCGUCGUUUAAAAUACAAAACGAAGAGAGAUCGUGGAAGUCGAACGAGAGUUAAAUAAAAAAAAAGAAGAAAGAAAGAAAGAAAUAAGGAAGGUUCUCCAAAAUGGCGUCCACCAUCGUCACACAGUUUCUGAUAUUUCUUACGUUGGCAGCAUUAUCCUUUAGGAUAACACACUCUCACGUAGCUUUGACGUUUCCACGAGCUAGAAAAUAUGAUUUGGAUUUUCUUGACAAUGGCAGGACACCUGGCCCCUGUGGUAUGCCACGCGGUACCAUCAAGACGACGUUACUUUCCGGAAGUAAUUUUAACGUAACGUGGCACCUCUCUUAUCCUCACAAGGGUGGAUUUCGACUUCAAAUUCUCGAUGGCCUUGACAGACCUUUGAUCGAUUUAACACCGGUUACACAACACAGCGAAUUCGUCGAAGACGAUGCUACAGCACAAAGUUACCACGUACAAUUGCCACAAAAUUUUACCUGUACCGACUGCACGAUCAGACUCCUUCGAAAAGCUGAAGAAUGGGGCUCCAGUUAUAGAUUUUGGUCCUGUGCAGAUAUCGACAUACUCGAUAGAAAGAUCUACAGGGAAGACUGCAACGGACACGGGAGGUACCUCCUCGGCAGAUGUAGAUGCGAUCGUUUUUAUCAUGGCGCAAGGUGCGAAUUUAAGGAGGAGUGCCUCGACGACACCGAUUGUGGUACCCAGGGCACGUGCAUCGACAAUGGCGGUACGACCGCACCCACCAAGCUCUGCUACUGCAACAUCGGUUGGUUCGGAUCGGGUUGUGCAAAAAGAUCACCGAUAAAAACGAUUGACUUGGAUUUAGAAUCUUACACGAUGAAGCGAUUCUCAGAUGACGUAACCUUUUACUGGAGGAUUUUAUGGACGAGCAUGGAAUUGGAAGGUGUCCUCGUAGCAAACAGUACUACUUGGAUCGGUAUUGGUUGGAGACCGAGCAAUUUAUCUCCAGCAUGUCGAGCCUUUCCUGAAAUAAAUGAUCCACCAAAAGAUGAGCCACUGCCAAAGCCCGAACCUAAAUCCGAACCAGAACCAAAACCUGAAUCGGAAAGAAGGAUUACGGAAAGUAAAAGCAAAUCGACGAGUGAACCACUUACGAGUGAACUUUUAGAUGAAUCUAAAGCCGAACCAGAACCAGAACCAAUACCAAUACCAGAGCCUGAACACGAUAGCGAAAGAUCCGGUGCUAAAAGGAGAUCAGCUAAAGUCGAUGGUGGUACAACGUUCGUGACUUAUCGACCAGAUGAUGUUACCGUACAAACUAGCGUGACUUAUCGAGUUAGCACAAAACAAGGUCGUAAACGCAGAUCAUCUGAAACAGAAACAUUACCGUCGAACGGUGAGCGCGCAACCGAGUCGGCCACCAUCAUCGGCACAGAGCCAGAACCCAACUCCGAACCGGAACCUCAACCUGUGCUAGAAUCCAAAUCUCAACGUGAACCUAAAUCCAAGUUAGAUUCAUCGUCGGUGCCAGAACCUAAAUCUGAACCAGAGCCUAUAUCAAAUCCUGAAUCUAUAUCUGAGCCUGCGCCUGAACCUAAAUCUGAGCCAGAACCAAAGUCAGAACCUGAACCGAAAUCCAAUCCCGAGCCCAAAACCGAACCAGAACCAAAGUCAGAACCUGAACCGAAAUCUGAACCUGAGCCCAAAUCAGAGCCAGAACCAAAGUCAGAACCUGAACCGAAAUCUGAACCUGAACCCGAACCGAAAUCCGAACCGGAACCAAAGUCAGAACCUGAACCUAAAUCGGAACCAGAGCCAAAAUCCGAGCCAGAACCCAAAUCCGAGCCUGAACCAGAGCCAAAAUCUGAACCGGAACCUACUUCCGAGCCGGAGCCAAAGUCUGAACCUACCUCAGAACCGAAUAUGGGAGCAACGAAAGCAUCGAUACCAUCUAUGGGACAUAAAUACACUCCGAAACACGACUUUAAUCCUAUGGAUUGCACGGAUAUAAUAAUUGGUACGGCAAGAGGUAUGACACAUAGAAUUGGAGAUUAUUACACCAGGGAUAGAUCGACGCCCCGUCAAGACAAUUAUUGGGGUGGAAAGGACAGUUUAACAGCGGCCAUGGGUUUUGAACGAGAUGGUGUCACUACGAUACUUUUCAGAAGAAAACUAGAAACAAACGAGCCAACGGAUCAUGCUAUUCGGGAAGGUAGUAUGCAUGUGAUAUGGGCCAAGGGUCAAGAGCCAGGUCAAUACAUUCAUUAUCCGCCGAGUGGUAUUGAAAAAUCCAAAGUCUCUGUUAAAGAAUUUUAUAAGGUCGAUGAAUUGAAAUAUCACGGACAUAAUUCCCAAAGAGGUGUUACGACCAUCGACUUCUUCGAAAAUAAUGGCGAAGAAGAGGAGGUUAACGUGCCUGUACCAGGUGGUGGUUGUGGUGGUUCAUGGCAAUAUCCAAAACAUUGUUCGAUUGAAAAUCGUACAUGCGAAUAUGCCAUAGAAUGGAAUUACAAAGCAAAAUUGGAUCAAAUAUCCUUUGUUAUUUCAACAACGAAUACUAGCAGUUGGACUGGAGUUGGAUUUUCCAAUGACGACAAAAUGACACAAACGGAUGCGGUCUUAGGAUGGGUUGAUACAACCAAUGGUCGAGAAUUCGUCAUGGAUACUUGGAUGAGCGGUUACAAUCCUCCCCUGUUAGAUCCUUCCCAGGAUAUUUAUAAUACACAUGGACGUAUCGAAGAUGGAAUUAUGACAAUACGAUUUUCAAGAAAACGAAUUACAAAGGAUACCACCAGGGAUUUCUCAUUCACCGACGAUCAUUGCCUGUACAUGAUGUAUCCUGUAAAAGGUGGCAAGUUCAAUGCAGUUAACAAAAAGAUUCAAAAGCAUAAUGCUCCACCGAUGGUCUCUCGUAAAAAAAUCUGCAUAAGAUCUUGCGGCGCAGAAGAGAUAGAAGUGAUAACGACACCAGCCCCACCAAGAUUGUACUAUGACAUUGAAGUUAAAUUAAUCCAUCUCGGCGAUAAUUUUGUACCACCGUCACAGGAUAGUCCCGAUUUUGAAAUAAUCUCGAACACUAUAACGGAGAGUUUUGGCCCGGUUUUCGAAAACCUUCCUGGUUAUUAUCGGAUAAAUCUCGAGGAAUUGAAACGAGAUGAAGAACAAAAUGGAGCAGUGGCGCGCAUGAAACUGACAUUGGACAAAAACGAAAUAAAAGGUAGAGCUUUAAAUCCAUUGGAUGCAACAGCAGCUACAGAAAAGACAUUAAAGAAAGCUCUCAUUAGCGGAAAGGUCGGUGCCCUCUCCGUUGAUCCUCAGUAUCUAGUCAUCAGAGCACCUCGUAUAACCGAAGAAAAUGAAGUAAUCGAAGAAGACGAUCGACCAUUCAAACCGACCUUUCUGUUAAGCGAAACAAAGUUAUACAUCGUCGUUGGAUGCGUUGCUGCAUUGGUAGCACUUGCAGUCUUACAAGCUAUUUGUACACUUUACAAAUCGUCAGUGAAGCGUUCUACCAAGGAUCGUCUUAUAAGCAAUAAUGCAUGGAAAGAUUAUUCCUCCGGAGCGAACACAAAUUUUGGAUUUGAAUCAUUCGAGACCGAAGAGAAGACACAUCCACCACCAGUAUCCAGUCUUCCAAGACCCAGAGAUAUUACUGGGAAUGGUACCAGCCUUGGUCACGACACUGUAGAAGGUCCUAAUAGAAUGAUUAGUCCAAGAGCGACUUACAGUUUACCUCGUGCACCAGGUUCUAGAAAUAACGCACCGACACCGAUGCAACCAGGAUAUUAUACUCAAGAUCGUAGGAGUCAGUAUCAACGAACGAAGGGUCUUCAAGGUACCACGAACAACGUAGCUGCACAAGCGAAUCAACCGGACUUUUACUUCAUGCCGAGUCAACGUAAAUACAGCGGCGAGGUUGUGCGCGUUUACGUUGAUUACGAGAGUCAAAUGCCAAAAUGAGAAAAGGCAAAACUCUAAAAGUGAAGGAAAAGGAAAAGCCGUAUAAAAAAAAAAAAAAAAAAAAAAAAAAUAAAGAAAGAAAAAAAAAAGAAUUAAGAAAGAAAGAAAGAAAAAGUGCGUUUGGUAUUGUGACUUUUCAUAAAAAUGACUAAUCUUUUUCUCGCUUCAGUGAAGCUGUCUGUAAAUAAGUGGAAAAAAAAAGUAGAAAAGAAAAAAAAAUUAAUAAUUAUAAUAAUAAUAAUAAAAAUAAUAAUAAUAAUAACAAUAAUAAUAAUAAUAAUAAUAAUAAUAAUAAUGAUGAUGAUAAUAAUAAUAAUAAUUAUUAUAAUUAUAAUAAUAAUAAUGAUAAUGAUAAUAAAUUCUCAGAGAGCUUGUAGGAGCUUUCCUGCUUUAUACACGAAGGAACUUUUACUUUCAGAAGCUUUCGCUCGACCGCUCUCUUGAGAAUAUCGUGUACGUAACGAAUGUAUGUAUGUAUGUAUGUAUGUAUGUAUGUAUGUAUGUACGUAUGUAUGUAUGUAUGUGUGUGUGUGUGUAUGUGUGUGUGUAUGUACUGCAUAUAAGGAAUGUACUUCUAUAUGGAGACGAAAAAAUGGGGAAAGAAAAGAAAAGGAAAGAAAAAAAAAAAAAAAAUAUAUGAAGAAAAGUGGAAGCGAUACAAACUCAUAGGAGCCGCCGCUUUCGACCAAAGAGUUAAUCGAUAGUGUGUGCGCGUGCGCGAGCACGUACGCAUGCCAAAUCGUGCGCGAUUUUGUACAAAAGUGCGAGAAAAUGGAGAAAAAAAAAAAAAAAGAGAGAACGAUCGACCAGUCUCAAUGGAGAGACAUUAACAAACGCACACUGUUAUAAAAUAUAUCUCAACUUCAGAUCGAAAAAAAAAAUAAAAAUAAAUAGAAACGAUACGCGUGUUGCGUUAUAUACUAUAUUAAUGUACAUAUUAAAAUUUUAUAUAUAUAUAUAUAUAUAUAUAUAUAUAUAUAUACACUCACACAUAUAUAUUAUGUAUGCGUAAAUGAUACGAAUAGCAAGCAACACUGCACGCUGACGUUUGCGUAAAUAAAACGUUUGUAAAUUUUUUUUUCUUUUUCUUUUUCUUUUUCUAAAAUCGAUUUACGAUACUUAUCAUCUCUCUUGUACAAAAACAGAAUGUGCACGAAGAUUAGAGAAUUUUUAAUCACGCAAUACUAGAAUAUAUAAUAAAAUAUGAUGAAUCACAUGAGAUUUA